AUGGAUCCAUCCAUCACGCUGUGGCAGUUCCUUCUGCACCUCCUGGAGGACCAGAGACAGCGUCACCUGAUCUCUUGGACCGGGGAGGAGGGCGAGUUUAAACUCCUGGAUGCUGAGGAGGUGGCCAGACUCUGGGGCCUCCACAAAAACAAACAUACCAUGAACUACGACAAACUAAGUAGAGCCCUGAGAUAUUACUAUGAUAAGAACAUCAUAAAGAAAGUUAGUGGCCAGAAGUUUGUCUACAAGUUUGUCUGUCACCCUGAUGCCUCCCUGCCAGACGGCCAAAGAAAUGGAGAGGAGGGACAGGGGCGGGACAACACUGACCCCAACAGCCAAUCCAAAGGCCUGGGAGGUGGGGCUGCUACUUGUCCAUCUAAGGGCUUACCUCAGCGUUCGUCACCGAGCAGCUCCCAGAAAAGCUCACGGAACGACUACAUGAAGUCUGGCCUCUACUCCACCUUUACCAUCCAAUCACUGCAGGCCACGCCCACACCACGGCCUGUCAAAUCAGAGCUACUGCUGACACAAGAGCCCACCCCCAAAGUUGAUAGGACACCCAGAGAGAUGUGUGUGCUCUCGUCAGAGCCAAAUUCCUCCCUAUCAGGAGGGGGCACUGGUGUGGAGAGUGGUCUCCAAGUGAUUGUGACCCAGCCCUCUCCGGUUCCCACCCCAGCAGUGAGCCCUCAGAUACCAGCCAGCUCCAGCAGUCAAAUCCAGAAGCCUGCUUCAGCUCAGGCUGACCCUCCUCAGAUCUACCUGACAGGUGUAGGGGACCCGUCCUCCCUGACCCCCCUCAUCACCCUGGGGCCUGUAGCCUCCCCUCACCUCUCCCUGAACUCCCAGGUGCCCCAGCUGAGUGAAAACCCCACCACCCUCCCCACUUCUCACCCCCACCCUUCCUCCACCUCUGUCUUCCUCGUCAUCAACCCCCCACCUCCCCAUCAACAAGCUGCCAUGGUGGCAGCACCUCCCUCUGCUCUCACUACUGCACCUCCUCCGGUAGUUAUUAAAGAGGAGAACCUGCUCCAGGAAGACCUCCUGGAGCUCACCUCUCUGGAGGAGAGACAGGUGGAGGAGGUCUCUGUGGUCUGUGAGGAGGAGGAUGCAGAGCCUCCUCUAUCUAUUGUGGAGGACCCUCCUCCUACCUGCAUGGACCCUAUAGUAGGGGGGCAGGAUAGAGAGGAAAGAGACAAGACAUCAUCACCAGUAGUUUCCAUACCAGUGACCUCUGCCCUGGAAGUAGUUCCUCCGCGACCCAAGAAACCCCGGGGCCUGGAACUACCUUCCUCCCCCUCCCUCCUUCCCCCGGGCCUCUCCCUUGAUAAGGUGAAUGCAGCUGUCAACAGCUUACUGGCUCCUGGCUCCUCUACCAACACCCUCACACCUACUGUCAUCACCUCCCACGCCCUGACUCCAGUCCUGCUGACACCUAGUCCUCUUCCCUCCACCAUUCACUUCUGGAGCACCCUGAGCCCCAUCGCUCCUCGUUCCCCUGCCAAGCUCUCCUUCCAGUUUCCUUCUAAUGGCAGUAACCAGAUGCAUAUCCCGGCGCUGAGUGUUGACGGUCUCUCCACCCCUGUGGUUCUUUCCCCGGGACCCCAGAAACCCUGAACUUCCU